UCACUAGGCCUGUCUCUUAUACACAUCUAGAUGUGUAUAAGAGACAGGUGUGUGUAUGUGUGUGUGUGUGUGUGUUUUGUGUGUGUGUGUGUGUGUGUGUGUGUGAGAGAGAGAGAGAGAGAGAUGGAAGACCGGAGAGGGAGAAUGGAAAAGGACGAGCCGAUGUCAUAUACCUGGUCAACGAAGCACCCCCGAGCUGUGGCGUUUCUCAAUAUUUCAUUCUUCCUCACUGCCCUAAUGUUCACCGACUUUAUCAUGCUCCAUGGCUACUCAGGUGCGACUACCUUAUUAACCUCGCCGUUCUCCUCUUCCUCGUCUUCGUGGUCUACUUCUUCAUUUUCUUCUUCUUCUUACUCUUCUUCUUCUUCUUCACCUAGCGGUGUCAUACGUGCCCAUGGUGGUAUCGCUGAUUCGACGUUUACGAGGAGGAGCAGCAAAAACUCGUCUUCCUCCUCCUCCUCCUCCUCCUCCUCCUCGCCUUUGCGUGUUCUUCUUGUUUCGGCUAGCCGUCCUCACUGCACCCCCGAUCCUAGAGAUAAGGGCGAUACAACUUUCCAGUUGGCUGUGAAGAACAAGCUGGAUUACGCCUACCGCCAUGGCGUAGACACGUGGUUCUCUGUCGACCUUGUCGACGGCGAUGGCAGCCCAUCAUCAGAUCGAACGGCUGCGGCGAAGCUCCGAGUGCUGCGGGGCGUCAUGGCCACCGAGGAGCUGUAUUACGACUGGUUCAUGUGGGCUAACUGGGAUAGUCUCAUCACGGACAUGGGAUUUAGCAUCCCGUGGAAGAAGUACCAAGAGUACUCGGUGGUUCUGUUCGCGGGCCCAAACGGGACCACAAUUGGCGGAGGCGGUACUUCAAAGGAAGAAGAAGAAGGGAAGCAGAAGGGCAAGGGCGCCGCCGAGGGAGAUGACGUAAACGAUUUGCUCUCCGGCGCGCUGCCGUCGGUUAUGGACACGAGCGUCAUGCUGUUGAAGAACGACCAGCAUGCGGUCGGCUUUUUGGAUCUCCUCGUCGGGUUAUGGGAGAGUUCCUCCUCUUCCUCGCCGCCAUCGGACGGUUCUACGGGGACGACAGGAGGAUCGGGAUCGGGAUCGGGGUCGGGCUCGGGGUCGGGAACGAAGACGAGCUUGCGGGAGGAGCGGAGGCAGAAGACGCGCCGGAUGAGGGCGGGAGGAGAGGGAGGCGAUCGUGGAAAGGCAGAGGUGUGGAGGGGAGAGAGAGUGUAUGUCGAGAGGAGCUUUGAUGUGCGAGGCUCGUGGGGAGAGGAGGUGGGAAGACUCGACAGGUAUGAGGCCAACCGUUACUCUCUCCACGCAGCCGAUCGCCAAUCUCUACCGUUCAUCGUCAACUUCGAGGAUUGUACCAUAUGUCCGAAAGGUCUGACUGCUGCGACAGACCUAGACGGUUGUCGUCUUCAAUAUUUACGGGCUUACAACUUCGCCCACCAUCAGGUAAUGGAGCGUAACGGACUCCGGCAUGUGAGUCUGACGUCCGAGGAGAUGGUGAGUGUUAUAUAAAGAGUGUCAAAUCAAGGUAGGAGAUGGUGGUAGAGGCGAAAGAAAAAAAGUGUCGGCGAAGCAGUGUGGGUGGCCGAUCGGAAAAGGCACCGGAAGUUCAUUUAUUUUUCCCGUAAAGAGUUGCCUUCCCCACUCCCCUCCUCCCCCCUCCUCUCCCCCUCCUCCGCCCCCGCUCUCCCUCUUUUUCCUCCCCCUCUUCUCUUCGGUGGGAGGCAGGUGCUCGGGCUUAGUUGCACUGGAAGGGGGUUGAGGUGUAAGUGUUUAGUUGAGAAGGAUAUGUGUAUCCGGAAAAUUUGCUGGAAGUCCAUUCGCCCACAAUCAGGUAAUGGAGCGUAACGGACUCCGGCAUGUGAAUCUGACGUCCGAGGAGAUGGUGAGUGUUAUAUAAAGAGUGUCAAAUCAAGGUAGGAGAUGGUGGUAGAGGCGAAAGAAAAGAAGUGUCGGCGAAGCAGUGCGGGUGGCCGAUCGGAAAAGGCACCGGAAGUUCAUUUAUUUUUCCCGAAAAGAGUUGCCUUCCCCACUUCCCUCCUCCCCCCUCCUCCUCUCCCCGUCCCCCGCCCCCGCUCUCCCUCUUUUUCCUCCCCCUCUUCUCUUGGGUGGGAGGCAGGUGCUCGGGCUUAGUUGCACUGGAAGGGGGUUGAGGUGUAAGUGAUAUAGUUGAGUAUCCGGAAAACUCGCUGGAAGUCCAAGGUGCUCGGGGUGCCUCAACUGGAAGUGGGUGGAGGUGUACGUCGUAGCUGAGUAGAAUACAGUAUCACGCUCCGCGGAAAUCGUCGAUUUCACGCAGGAAGGAGAGUUGUAGAGUAUGGAAUCGGGGACAACUUCAGAAGAAACGACAGAUUCUGAGGCCAAUGCUGGCUGCAGUACGGCAGGCUCAUCUGAGUGUAUGUAUGUGUAAGUGGGUGUAGGUGUGCGCGCGCGCGUAUGUGCAUCUAUCUCACUUCUCUCUUUACCUCUCUGGGUGUGGGUAUGUCUGCGUGCGUUCUUUCUGUGCGCGUUCGCGUGCGUUUGUGUUUGUGUUUGCCGCGAGCGAGCGAGCGAGCGAGA